AUGUUCGAGCGGCAGGUCACGGGCCUCCUCACGCAGCUGCUGGGCAACUACGUCGAGCCACGAAGCUUCCGCCAUGACAAGGUGAACGUUGGCGUCUGGAGCGGCUACGUCGUGCUGCAGGACCUCGAGCUGCAGCCCAAGACGUACGCCGACGUCGCGGUCGUUCGCGGCGUGCUUGGCAGCGUCACGAUCAAGAUUCCGUGGAACCGCCUUGUCUCGGACUCGGUGCUUGUGACCAUCGACGACGUCUACAUCUUGCUGCGCCACGUCGAACGCAGCGACCUCGUACCGCCGUCGCCAGACGUCGAGGCGCGCGUCAAACAGGCGCUGAUUGACGAGCUCUACCGCGCCAAGCUCGACACCGCGGUCUCGUCCGAUGGCUUUGCGGCGCGCUUACGCAACAAGAUCCUCGACAACCUCGAGUUCCAUGUGCGGCGCAUCCACGUUCGACUCGAAGAUGCCAGCAGCGGCGACCAUCCGUUCGCAGUCGGCCUCACGAUGGAGUCGCUGCACGUGCAGUCGACGGACGCGCAAUGGCAGCCAACGUACGUCGCAUCGACCGAGCCUUUCAUCUACAAGAGCGUCGAGCUCAACCACCUCAGCGCGUACCUCAAUCCCGACGGGCCGCUCGUAGCCGACGCUGCAUCAUGCUCGCUCGAGACCUUCACCGCGUCCUUUGGUGCGUCCAUCCCCAAGCGCAUGAACGACAGCGUCGCAUCGUCGCAUCAUUUCAUCUUGAAGCCCGUCGACGCCUCGGCGCACCUCAAGGUCAAGCGAGACGUGACCGACCCGACGACUCCCAGCAUGGACAUCCACGUUCUGAUCGACCACGUGGCGCUGCAGCUCGAAGAGGCGCAGUACUGCGACUUGCUCUUCCUCCUCUCGGCGCUCAAGAUGCCGCAGCAAGCGCGCAAGUACCAGGCGCACCUCGCGUUACGCCCGAAUGCCAAGCACAACCCGCGCGGCUGGUGGCGCUACGCGAUCGCGUGUGUCCGCAGCGACGUCCGCGCCAAGCACGAGCGCUGGAGCUGGCUCUACGUCGCCGACCGACGCGCCGACCGCAUCGCGUACAUGACGCACUGGCGUCACCUCCAGUCGCUUGUGCCGGCCGAAGAGGAGCUCAAGAUCACGGACGACCGGCGCGAGCUCACGGCCGCGCUGGGUGCGAUCGAAGCGAGACGGUCGGUCGAGGACAUCUUGCUGUUUCGCUUCAUGGCCGACCAGGAGCUCAAGAAGAUCGAGGCGCCGACAUCGGCGGCACCCGCUACGGCCUCGAGCUACAGUCUAACGAGUUUGUACAGGCAGCUCGGCUGGUCCGACGCGCCUAAACCGACGGAAGACCGCGCCGAGCAGCUGGAACUGUACCGGAUUCUGGGCUACGACCCGGACGCCGCCGAGAAGGACAAGGUCAGCGCGACGGAGUUUACGGUGUUUUCGAUCGAGCUCGGGCACGGCGCCGUGACGCUCUUAAACGACCCCGAGACGAAAGCGUUCCGCCAGCGUGCGUCGUACGGCAGCGUGUAUGCGCCGAGCCCGUUCUUUGGCAUCUUUUUUGCGCAGCUGCAGAUGGACGUGGUGGCCCACAACGGCACGAACGUCGACAUUUCGCUGCAGUCGGUCGAGCUCUACGACGAGGCGUCGCCCGAGCUCUACCAGCUGCUCAAGCGACGCCUGCCCAUGUCGUCGCUCAACGUCGAAAUCACGGUCAAGACACCUGUCUUUCGCAUGGGCUACCACGCGCAGGACGAGCUCCAAACGCUCAAACUCGUGCUCGAACCGCUCGAGAUCAUCUACUCGCCGACCGCGCUCUGCUGGGCACACUGGGCCACGUUCUUGCAGGCGCCCGAGGCGCUCGGGCUCUGGGCCGAACUCGAAGUGCACGCACUCAACGACCUCGUCAACUUGAAAGCGCGAACAGACGCCAAACUCGCAUACGCGAUGGCCCACCGCGUGCCCAUGAUGCUCGACGUCCGCGUGCAAGCGCCCGUGAUCGUCGUGCCGGACUCUGACGCCGAUCUCCAGUGCGCGCGCCUCGUGCUCGAUCUCGGCCAUGUGCACUUUCGCACCGAGCGCCUCAGCACGCUCGAAGAUGGACCCAAAGCGUCGCCGUCGCUGGUCGCGAGCAACGCCUUUGCCAAGCAGCUGCUCGACGAGGCCGAGUCGGGCGAAGGCGCGACGCGCUGGAAGGAAGAGUUUUACGACAAGUUUGCGCUCACGAUGAGCAAUCUGCACCUCAUGCUGCUGCCGCCGUCGGUCGCGUACUCGCCCGAGAUGCUCUUGGCAUCGACCACGACGCCGUACAGCAUCAUUGAUCCGUUCCAUAUCAACGUGACGGUGCGCAAGUCGGUGCUGCCGCUGGACGCGACCUUGUACCGACUGUACGUGCAUGCGGACUUGCCAGCGCUCUCGAUCCACGUCUCGAUUCCGUCGUACACGCUCUUGACCAAGGUCCUCCAUCGCUUCCAACGCUCCAACGCGGGGCCGGCGAUGCAACGCGACGUCCCACCGCCGCCGCAUUCGGUCCUCGCCGCACGUCUUCACGAGGCCAGUGGUCGCAACGACGAGACUGAGAGUGUCCAGAGCGACGACACGUGGUUUAGCGUCGAGUACGGGAGCGAGAAGGAAGCGGUGGCGCCUCCGUCGUCGUCGCACCGGCCGGCGCCGCGUCCGGCCAAGCCGUCGCUGCUCCUCGACCGCCGUAUUUGCGUCUGCACGUUCACCGUGCCGCUCGUGCACAUCAACCUUGUCAAGGGCGAUGACGACGUCGACGACGACGAGUUUGGCCACGACAGCGCGGGGCAGGGCCGGCUCACGUUCGUGCUCGAAGGCAUCAAGCUCCGAUUGGCCAAACGGACGCUCUCGACUGCGCUGCGGCUCAAGCUCGCGAGCGUGAGCGUCGAAGACCACACGGAGAACCUCCCGACGCAGUUUCUCGCGUUCUCGUGCGCGACGCCGCUCAACGUGCCGUACACGGCGUCGGCGCCCCGGGCCGCCAAGCCCAAGCACUUUCUACGCAAGCGCAGUGCAGCGCACUUGGCACUGCUGGACCAACACCCGCUGCGGGACCUCCUCGACGUCUCGGUGGCCAUCGACGAGAACGCGCCGAUGCAUGUCGACGUCGUCUUUGGGCAUUUCCACGUGCAUUUUGACCAAUCGCGGCUCGCGUCGAUCGUGCUGCACGUGCUGCCGCUCUUCCAGACGCCUUCGAUCGCCGACGACGCGGCCGACACGAUGCUGUACCCGCCGCCGCUGAGUCUCCUCGGCCAUUACGAGCCGCUGACCGAGUCGGUGCGGCAGGACCUCGAGCGGGCGCGCGUGCACUUGGCUGUCGACGCGCCGUCGUCGCCGCCGCGUCCGAUGCGAUUGACGUUGCAGCUGCACUCGGUGUCGGUGUGCUUUAGCGAUCCGCUCGAACACCUCCUCUCGAUCGCGGUCUUGGACGUGUAUGUCGAGUAUGGGAAUGCCGGCGGUCCGCGCCUCGACGGACGCAUGGGCAACCUCAAGGUCCUCGACUUGCUCUCGCACGACCUCAAGCACGUCAAGAAGAAGGACAAGCGGUACGUUUACCAAGAAGUGCUCGGGAAGGUCCCGGUCGCCGACGAGAGCGACGCGCCGCUGGUCACGUGGCAGCUCCAGGAUGGAGCGAUAUCCCUGGACGUGGCCAAGCUCCGGGCGGUCGUCUCGACGCGCUUCGUGCUCAAAGCCUUGCACUACGUCGGCGACGGGCCGCUCAUGGACAUUUUCUCCACGAGUUCGCCGGCGCCCAAGAGGCGGCAGCGCGACGUCUUCUUCUCGCCCGCGCUCACCUACCGCGACAUGGCGCCGAGGGACGAGACACCUAGUGCGCAGUGGAAGGUGCACCUGCGACUGGCGCGGCCGUACAUUGUGUUGCCGAUGGUCGAAGCGAGCGACGACGAGACGUCGCCGCCGAUGCUGCAGUUGGCCCACGGCCUCGUCUUGGACCUUGGCGACAUUGAUCUCGAGGUCGCGCGCGAAGGCAAGGUCACGACGCUGGCGUAUGUGGCCAAGGACAUGCAUCUGCGCGUCCUCCACGACGAUUUCGCGCUGCUGCGGCCGCUGAACGUGCACAUCGAUGUCGCGGCGUCGUCGCAGCUCAACCUCUCGGUGCGCGUCUCGUCGCUGCAUGUGCAGCUCUCGGAGAUGCACGCCGCGCUCGUCGCCGAGUGCCCCGACGACGCCGUCGUCGGCGCCGACACCGACGAUCGCUUGGACGUGGCGUGUGACGUGGUCGGCCUCUCGCUCUACAGCGGCGCGAGCGACGACCAUGCGAUCUUUGAUUUGUACCCGCGGGUCGCGCUCGAAGUGGAAUGGGUCGCCACCGUGCUGCUCGGACGCGUCGACACGCAGCUCACCAUGGCGCCGAACCAGAUGCGGCUGUAUGUGUCGCUGCAAGACGUGACGCUCCAAGAGGCAACGAUCCACCCGAGUUUGCGGCUCGAGUUCACGGGCUCGUCGGCGACCAAGGACGUCAAGGUGCAAUCGAAAGCGUGGUUCAUCACAGUGGACCCGGCGCUGCUCGUGCGCGUCGGCGACGUGUGUCUGGACGUCGCCGCCAACAUCCAGGCGACACUCGGGCGACACUACCACGCCCAGUCGAUGCCGCUCGAGUCGACGCUGCUGGACCUCGUCUCGUCGUCGGACAUGACGUCCGAGUACCAGUGGACCGAGCGUGGCGGCCGGAGUCGUGCCGAUAGCUUUGCGUCGUCGAUGUUGUUUGACGCCACCGCCACGACGACGGCGCUCCCGACGCCGGUGGUGGUGCUGCCGCCACCGAAUUGGAACGUCCAGGUCGCGAUCGAGCUCGUUCAAGUGCGCUUGGGGCAGCUCGCGGUGCAGUGUCGGCUGCAAGCGUCGCGCAACGAGGAGCAGCUGCAGUGCCGCCUCGCGCGGCUCACGUGGCUUCUCUCGCAGAGCACGCUCGUCGAGCCGUUGGAUGCGACCUUUGGCUUGUGUGACGCACCACUCGUCGACGCCCGCUCGAACGCGCCGGACGCGAUUCCAACCGCCACGCUGCAGCUGACGCCGGUCGUCUUCCGCCUCCACGUCAACGCCUCCACGUCAAGGACCUCGACGCGUUCCAAGAGUCGCUGCUCAUGGCGUCGUCGCUGGCCACACGCCUCGGGCAGCGAGCCGCCGAUGGACGACGCACCGACGACUGCCGCCGCAAGUGGCAUGUGGGCGCAGGCGCGUCUUGAGUUGUCGAGCAUGGAGUUUCACUUGACCGAGACGGCGCCGCUGCUCUCAUUCCACUUGGUCCCGGGACCGUUCACGCUGCUAAAAACGCCCGACGACACGCAAGUGCAGUGGUCGGUCGAUAUCGAGAUGUGGUACUACAACCGCCGGCUCUUGGCGCGCGAACCGCUCUUGGAGCCGUUUGGCUUGUCGCUCGCAGUGGCCCAACCGCCGAACGCGCCGCUCUCGCUGCGCAUCGAGAGCACCCAAGAUUUCAAGCUCAACGUUACGUCUGCGCUGCUGGACGCGGUGUCUUUCUGGAACCAAAUGGCGCAGCCGUCGGCGCUGGACAUGUCGUCGUGCUACCUGCGCAACCAGACAGGACUGCCGCUACGGGUAUUCGGGACCCAGAUUGUCCCGGCGGGCGCCGACGUGCCGCUGCGGUCGGCGCAUGGCGGCGCCGUCGCGCAGCUGGCGACGGUGCCGGUCGGUCUCGACGGCUACGUGGCGGUCGCGAUUCCGCUGGGCGAGUGCAGCGUGCGCAGCUACCGCUUCCACCCGCUGUACCCGUCGUCGCCGGCGCUCGAGUGCACCGUCGAGAUCUCGCUGCAGCAAGGCGUCAAGUGGGUCACGCUCCAGAGCGGCUUUGUGCUCACGAACGCGACGGGCGCCGCGUUGAGCGUCCAGCUCGUGUUUCCAACGAACGGGUUGCUCUUAAGCUCGCCGCACACGACGGUGCUUUCGCCGCACGAGUCGAUGGCGGUGCCGCUGCCGCUUGUCGGUGGCCGCGCGACGCAGAUGUUUAACGCACUGGCCGUCGAGAUGGAGGUCAAGCUCACGACGGGCGCGUCGUCCGUCAUGGCAACGACCUUCCCGAGCCGCAAGAUCGCCGUCGGCGACAAGCUGCUCUGGCACGGGUCGAGCCGCCAGGACCUCGCGCUGCAAGUGCGGAUUCCUGGCUUUGGCUGGAGUGCGCCGGCGUUCCUCGGCGGCCCGACCGUCGUGUCGAUGGCGGACCUCAACCACCGCAGCUUGCUGUACGUCAACCUCGACAUUAGCGACCGCCAGCACCAGCUGCACGUGACCGUCUACACGCCAUACUGGGUGCUGAACCAGACGGGUCUGGACCUCGAGUUCCAGCAUGACGUGCUCUCGCUUGGCGCCGAGCACCGGGCCGCGUUCAUGGCCGGACAGCCCAAGGCCCACAAAGCCGAGGCGAUGCGAACCGCCGAAAGCGUCGUGAUUGUGGCGCCGCCGCCGCCCGAGACGCAGCCGCUCAAGCCGCUGCACCACCGGAAGGCCCACCACCAGAUUCUGCCGUCGAUCGCACCCAACAAAGGGCUCUUGGAUCUGAUUCCUAAGACGGCUCUGCCGCCGAAGCGACUGCAGACACUGCUGCACGCGUGCCACACCAACCAGAGCCAGCAGACGCUCAAGCUGCAGUGCCGCGUGCGCAAGAAGGACCCGUGGUCGUCGGUGUUGAACGCGCACCUCUCGAGCACUGCUGAUACGGUGUGCACGAUUCCGGACGGCAAUGAAAAGCACUUUUCGAUCGGGUACGUGCUCAACCACGGCAGCGGCCUCUACGAGCGCACUGAAGUGCUGACGCUCGUGCCCCGGUGUCUGCUGGUCAACGCGCUCGACGACCGAUCGCUCGAGCUCCUCGUCGAUGAAGUGACGGGUGCCAACGUGUCGCUCGAGCCGCAAGCCGAGCUGCCGUGGCACCAUGCGCCGACGCUGCGCAUUCGGUUUGGGACCCCGGGGUGCGUCUGGAGCGGCGCCGUGCACCUCGAAGCGACGGGCGACCAGACGCUGCGACUGCGCAACACGCAGACGCGGCUGACGUACCUCCUGCGCGUCUCGAUCAAGCUCGAGGGCCCGCAGUACCGCGUCGUGUUUCGGUCGUCGACGAACGCGCCGCCGUAUCGGAUCGAGAAUUUCUCGCUCGAAACCAUCCGCGUGCACCAGUCGCGCGUCCGCAUCUCGGAGAUCUUGUUGCCGCACCAGACGAUCGACUACACGUGGGACGAGCCGCUCAAGCCGCAUUUGCUCAUCGUCGACUUGCUGCCGUCGCAGGCCGACGACAACUCGCGGCCGAUUCGCAUCGGCCUCUUCUCGAUGGAGGAGCUCCAGUCGGCGUUCCCAACCAAAGUGCUCGCCGUCCAAGUGCUCGCCGACGGCCCGACGCGCGUGCUGCGGCUCACGGACCCGCUGCCGUCGGGCGUGCCCCGCCUCUUGCCCGAGUCGCCGCCACCGGGGCUGCGGCAGUAUGUGCCAGCACCGCGGCUCGACGUCCACGUCCACCUCCAAGCGGUCGGUGUGAGCUUUGUGGAUGCGUCGCCCAUGGAGCUGCUCUACGUCAACAUGGAGCGCGUCUCGGUGACGGCGCUCGCGUCAUCCAAGCACGAGCAGCUGGCCGUGCAGGCGACCGUCGGCGCGCUGCAGAUGGACAACCAGAUGCGGUCGACGCGGUAUCCCGUGCUGCUGCAGUGCGUCGACGAUGACGCGCCGUCGCUCGACGUGACGGUGGUCCGUGAGACGACGUACACGAGCAUCGAGUUCCUCCGCUACGUCGGCGUCCACGUGUCGCCGAUGCGGUGGCGCAUCGACGGUGCACUCGUCAACGCGCUUCUGACAAUGCUCAUGACGACCGAGUCGGGCGAGAGCCAUCGCUUGUCGACGCGCCGGACCACGGACGAUGACGCGCUCGUGCGGCAUCGCCGCGAGCUGGCGGACGCCACGCGCGGUCUCUUAGCCGCCGGCGUCGACAAGCGGCACGGGCUGGGCCAGAAGAAACUCUACUUUGAAAAGUUUGAGAUUUCGCCGAUCCACGUCGCCCUUAGCUUUGCGUCGAGUCCAACGACCACGUCGUUUGCGCCGUCGAUUGCGAGCGUCCGGCAGAUCAUCCAGGCGGCGAGCAAAACGCUCACCAAGGUGCACAACGCGCCGCUCGUGUGGCGCGCGCUCCGCUGGCAGCACAUGUUCGUCCCGCGCGAGACGAUGCUGCAUCAGAUGAGCCUCCACUACCAGCACGAAGCGCUGCGCCAAGCGUACAUGCUGCUCGGGUCGGUCGACGUGCUCGGCAAUCCCGUCAAGGUCUGGCACAACCUCAAGGGCGGUCUCGCCUCGUUCAUUGCCGAGCCGCUGCGUGGCUACGAGGCCUUUGGCCUCCAAGGCGCUGGCUGGGGCCUCCUCCGGGGCACGACGCUCCUUCUGCGCGCGCUCGUGUACGCGCUGCUCGACUUCAACACGCGCAUUGCCUCGAGCUGCAGCCUUGGGCUCACGGAAGCGUGCCAGCACAUCGACACGUACUCGGGCUACCCGCUGGCCAAGACGCUGUACCAAGGUCUGGCGCAGAGCGUGUCGGGCGUCGUCGUGAGCCCGAUCCACGCGUACCAGCAGCAAGGCUACCGCGGGUUCCUGCCCGGCCUCAUUGCAGGUCUCCUCGGCCUGGGCCUCAAGCCCUGCCGCGGGUUUGCGCAGGCGUUCGUGUCGACGACGACGACGCUUCGGGACGGGCUGCAGUACGAUAUCCAGGCGCACGUGAGCCGGAGCCGGCCGCCGCGCUACAUCCACCCGCGCACGCACCUCCUCACGGCCUUCUCGUACUUGCACGCGACGGGCGAAGACAUCAAGUACAACAUUGAGCACGCGCGGCUCGACGACUAUGUCGGGCACGUCAUGCUCAUCGAGAGCCGCAAGUGCAUCCUCGUGACCAAGCACCGUGUCAUGUGCCUGCAAGUGCACUGGAACGCGUCGCUGUUGAACCCGUACAGCAUCGUUUGGGAGGUGCUGAGCGACGAAUUGAUCCUCGUCGCGUUCGGGACGCCCAUUGUGCUCUACUACAAGCCCGACGACGACUGGACCGGUGCAGAUCUGGUGGUGCGGACGCAGAAGAUCGACGUGCCGCUUAAGCAAGCAACGUUCGUGUACUCGAUGCUGCAGCAAGUAACGCCGACGCUCCUCAACCAGGUCGACCACGAGGUCACGAAGCGCCAGUACCCGCUGUUCGUCAACCACGCCAAGUAG